ACUCACCUUACUCACUUGCACGGGUUUGGAACGUUUCGCGCGUUCGAAUUCGAAAACAUCUGCCGUCUCUUCAAUGUUUACGGUAGACACGAUGGAUCCCACCACGAAAUAUGAAUACACAUCCGAGGCUAGUGGAUACCAUGCCAAUUAUAUGAGGAAUUCGAAAGCCAUCGGGGUUCUAUGGGGCGUUUUUACAAUAUGCUUUGCAAUUAUUAAUGCUGUUGUAUUCAUACAACCGCAAUGGAUAGGAGAUACUCCGGAAAGUCGUGGUACCGGGUACUUUGGACUAUGGCAGUCUUGCAGACAGAGCAUUCAAGAUGGACAAGAGUUGGUGUGUCAUGGAAGAUUGGACGAUUUUGCAUCAAUUCCUUCUCCUGCAUUUAAAAUGGCAACGAUAUUUAUUGGUUUGUCUGCUGUAGCCAUUGUCCUCUGUAUUUUAUGCAUGUUUCUUUUCUUCGUGUGCCACUCAUCCACUGUUUUUCAUAUUUGUGGUUGGUUGCAAGUACUUUCAGGGGCCUGCAUGAUAGCUGGCGUGGUGUCCUUCCCAGCUGGCUGGGAUUCUGAUGCCGUGAGAGAUGUUUGUGGACCCGAAGCAGACGACUACGACAUCGGUCAGUGUGGUGUCCGUUGGGCCUACAUACUGGCCACCAUUGGUAUUUUCGAUGCUGUCAUAUUAGCCGCACUCGCUUUUCUUCUGGCCACACGCUAUGUGAAAAUAACGCCAUCAGAACCACUCGUGCCCAAUGGAUCCAUUUACAAAGGUGAAGUGAACAGUGCUUUCUUGGCAGACACGCAGUCCCUUGCUUCAAGGAAAUCUCUCGCUCUGCAACCAGUUAUGCUGAUGCCACAACCCAGAGAUCCAGAAAGAAUUUCAGAAUUCUCCCAAAGAACGGGAAGAUCCAAAGCCAGCCAUUAUACAUCCUCAGUGCAUAAUUUCCAGCUGUAAAAGAACUGGAUGACAUUUAAUCUUUAACCUAUUAGACGCCAUUUCUACCUACAAGAAUAUAAAUACAAAAUGUAUUUGCAUGUGGUGGAUGGCGUUCAAUGUUAAAUCAAGGUGUGUGGUAUGGUGUUCAUCAUACGUGGUAUGGUGGUGAUUAAUGGACUGAACUAUUUUUUUCUAACACAGAUAGAUCAACUGAUUAAAAACGUUACCCGAAGGUUGUCACAAGAACGCCUGCGGCAGAUGAAAUGGUAAAAUACCAAAAAGAAAAAGAUAGAUUCAUAUGUCGUUGCAGUAACAUAACAAACGUAACUGCUCAUGUGAUCGGACAUUGCAAAUACACAUUGCAUUGCGCAUGUGCUUAUCAUCAAUAUCUUAGACAAUGUUUUUAUUUUGCACGAACCGUUUUGAUAGAAACAAGUAUUCAUAUAGAAACUAUUUUAUAGAGAAAUAGUUUGAUUAAUGUACUAUAAAAAGUUGUUUUUAUAAAAAUAUUUUCUAUUUUCUAGUCUUUAUUAAUUUAUAAUUCAUUAUCAUAAAUAUUAUGGAAUCUUGAAAUCGGAUCGAUUAAAUCGAUCGGUUAAUUGGUGUCAGUCUUCUAAAAAUAUUAAUAUAGUUAUAAUACAUCGAGAAAAUUGUGUGGUCGAGAAAACAUAAGGAUACAAACUUUCAAAAUUCCGGUUCAUUAGGAAGAAAGUGAAAAAAAAAAAAAAAAAUCUAUUAUAAAAUUCCAUUUUUAAAAACGCGAAACAAGGGAAGUUAAAAAAUGUUUGAAAAUACUUUCUUAUUCCUUGUUUUUCCGUAAGAAAGAUGACAAUCAUAUGAAAACGUUUUUCGAGUUUUCACUAUAUGAUUCGGAAAAAUGUAAUGUGAAAAUUCAAAGAAAAGGCUUCAGCCCUUAACUGUGAAGUUUUUUCAACUGAUUAAUUAGAUGAUGCUUUUGUUUUAGAAAUGUAUUGUCGUGAUAAUUCAGCUAGAAGCUCGUAGAACAUUUAAGGUGUUUAUGGACUUUUUGCUAUUUUUGUAUUCUAUUAUAAUGUGUUUCAAUUACUUAAUUUUAUAAUUAAAAUUUUUUUAAAUAUUAUAAUUUAAUGCUCGAAUUAUAUUUGGGUAGUACAAUUAAAGGGUUGAGCGUACACAAUGCUGUGUUGUUUUAGGCUAAAAGAUUUUUUCAGCACUCUGGUGAGCAUGUUUAUUAACUAACUUAUAGAAUAUAAAAAGAAUCUAAUAAUGUAAGCGGGGUUAACUAAAUACAGUAUAAAUUUAGAAAAUGUCAAUACGACUUAGAUAAGGCUUAGUAUCAUAAUGCUAACGGACACGGAUGUAAAAGAUAUUAAAUAAAUUUGGCUAAGUAUAAUAAUUAUAUAAAAAUAUUCUUGCAAUUAAGAACUAAUUUAAUUAUCAAGGAAACUAUUUUUAUAGAUAAAUAAGGUGCACUUUACGUAUAUAUUGUAUGCAUGAAUGAACUCCAUUAACCCUUCGCAUAAAAUGUCUGAUAUUGAAGUAUACGCAUCGAAUUACUAAAUCGUAUUAUGACAUCUGUAAUUAUGUAAAAAUAUUGCGUAAUUUAAAAUGGGAAGAGAAACUCUUCAAUAUCUCAAGUACUGUAUAAAGGUGCAGUACUACUGCAAAUUUCAUUGUUCUAAAAUUCAAAGAUACAAAUUUUUUUUUCUCCAAAAAUUCAUCCUUUUGAUGCUGUUAGUUCUUUAAACAUAUGAAUUAAAUUUCUAUUCUUAGUCAAUUAAAAAAAAAAAAUUACGCGUAUUUUCCAACAAGAAUACCAAAGGUACUGAAAAAUUCUGAACGAAUAUUUUAGUACUUUUAUAUUUGUACUACGAAUAUAACCAGGACCGUGCAGAAACAAAAGAAUUCUGGAAGAACAAAAUUAUUGAUAAAAAGACAAGAUUAGAAAAUAAAUUACAUUGUUUUGUUUUUUAAAUUAAAAUUUGUAAAAAAAUGGAUACUCUUUGCUAUUUCUAAGAAGAAUCAACAGAAUAUAAAUAAAAAGGGUAGUAAAAUGAACAGAAUGGUAUAAAGUUCCACCCGUUGGUGUGGUGUGGAAGUUUGGACAGGGGGAUGCCAUCCUCGUCAUCUGACCGCGGUUCAAAAUUAUGAGGUCUGUCUUAAAAUAGCCAUACUGUUGUUCUAAAACUGGAAGUUAAUACAACUAAACCAAACCCAACGCAAAGAGACAAACCCCCCUGAUGGCGUGGAAAUGUCCCAUUUCUUCCAUGACAGUUACGUUUGGUAUGCGAUUGUGACUCCACGUCAGUUGACGUCGUUCGAAAAUAGGAAUGCAUAUAAUAUUUUCGAAGAAAUAUUCAGUUCUUUUUCGGAUUAACUUACACCUCAUUUCAAAGCUACCUAAUGGAUAACAUCUAAUUUUAAAAAUGACAACCAAGUGCUUUUUUUAAAUGGAGUUCAGAUUCGUUCUAUUUAAUUGAUAGUUUUCAUCGUGAAUUUUCAUAUUAACAACUAGCAUUUUUUAAUGUGUCUGUACAAAUAAUUUUUGAUAAAUAUUUUGUUUCUGUAUAUUUUAUUUAUUGUUUAAUAAAUUUUGAUUAUAUUCUUA